UACAUUCCGCGUCCUAAUCGUAAUCAUUACAAUCGUCCAGCUGAAUUCUUCACUGCUUUGGAUAUAUUUCAAGGACCAGGCCAAAACCUUGUUCACAUUACGCUUCUUGUGAAGGAGUCGAUUCCUGUUGGCGAUGCUCUCGACGUCGGGUCGCUACUUCACUGCCAUUAUAUCGCUGUUGGUCUGCGUAGCGUUACGGUGAUUAUUCGAAAGCUUACAAAGACCACUCAAAAUAAAUCGGAGCUGAUGUGCCAUUCAAACGCUAACUUAUAUCGUUAUCGAAUUCGACCAGUGAAAAGUGUGUCGGCGUCGGUGAGAAGUGCAAUUAUGACCAUGGUGGCGAUCGUUGCCAGCUAUCUGAUCUCGAAUACGCUGCAUCUGAUUUUGACCGUCAUGGAAAGAUCUGACCAUCCAAUACUUCACGACACUGAGGAUCCGCUGCUGUCAUCAACGUUCCAUACGUUCUUCUCUGAUGCGGUCUCGUUCGUCUAUAUGUUCACCUCAGCGAUACGUCUUCUGAUAUACUUCUUCUGUAAUCCAGCUAUUCGAGGCGACAUCCUUACCUUUUUCGGCUCCUCAUCUCCUGUACUUUUAUAA